UGAAAACCUAAAAGUCCCAUCGCGAGAGAACAAUUGCCUUAUUCACUGUCAAAUUUCAACCAUAAAGAAGAAAAUUAGCUUAAAAGGUUCUCAUUCGUCUGAUCUACAAUGGCUCAGAGUUCUACGGAACCAAAGGUUAGUUUGAGACUUAUCAUUGAUGAAAAGAAAAACAAGGUCGUUUUAGCCGAGGCUGGUAAGGAUUUUGUUCAAGUUCUCUUCAGUUUUUUGACAUUACCAAUGGGAACAAUCGUCCGACUGCUUGGGAAGCAUCAAGUCUCUGAGCCAGUUACCGUUGGAUGUAUUAGCAACCUUUAUACAAGUGUUGUGGACAUGAAAAUUGAUGAUUUUGAGACUGAAGCUUGUAAGCAGAUGUUGCUUUAUCCCAGGAAUUACGUUAGGGAAGCUCAAUGCAGAAAGUUUAAGCUCAACAUAAACCCUACUGAAAACUUCAAGUGCUUUGGGUGCAGCUCUUUCCCUAGCUGCUCAAUGUGCAGUAAUUUUAACACCUCCCGAUGUAGGUGCGGUAAGUUGAUGACCAGGGAGAUUGAUUUACUAGAAGAUGAGGAGGUCAUUGUAGGCAUCAUGCAAAAUGAUCUCCGUGGAGUAUUUAUCAGAGACAGGUCGUCAUUUAUCAUAACCGACGACUUAAAACUGACAGUUGACUCUACUAGUUCUCUCUUGCAAACGCUCAAGGCUCUUGGUUUUUCUGAUGUUAGUAAGCUGAGAGAACGGGUUCUUGAUAUCGGUCUCAAAGAGGUUUUGACUUUGCUGCGAUGUGUAUUCUCCUCAAGUUCUCCCUUGACAGACACUUUCUUGAAGAAUCAAAGUUUACACAAGGUGAGGAAGAUUUAUAAAAGGCUGAGUCCAUGCUUGGAGAAGAACGGAGAUGAAGCAGAACAAGACAAAGUAAUAACUUUUGAUGCAAUAGUAAGGAAACAGGACAUGAGGAUUUUGUAUGUUGAGUGCCGUGAAGACUUUGUUGAUCUUCUUUUAACUUUUCUCGCCAUUCCACUGGAAUCUAUAUGGGAAGUCUCUGGCAACCAUAUUAGUUUAGGAUGCGUUGGGAACUUAAGCAGAAGCUUCAAGGACUUGAGUGAUAAUGAAAGGACACAAGUGUCAAAUCCGAAAUUCGUGCUUCCGUAUUACUAUAGUUGCCAGAAUCAGUUGCUCAAUAUCAUCACUUUCAAACCACAGUUUUACGUAACCAUCAAUAGGGACAUUUCCAGACCGUUGUGCUGUGUGACUACAAAGCCAACCUUUAUACAAGUGAGUUUUAUUGAUCCAAAAUACAAUGGCCAUCAUUCAGUUUCAACAGAAGGUAGUGGUGGUUUCAUGAAGAGAGAUUCAAAGUUUACGGUAUCAGAUGAUCUGGUUAUUGCACCUAAGAACACUACUUCAACCUUUUGGGCAUUAAAGAAGCUGCAGAUUCACACUAACGAUAUAGAGGUGCAAAAAGUUAGCAUCAGCAAAGCUCAUGCUUUGAAUCUGUUGAGAGCUUCAGUGGUGACAUCCUCUGCUUUGAGCUCUGCUUUUGGGAAUUUGAUUGUAAAGAAACCCAAGGAAGAGAAUGUUUCAUGGAACCCGGUUUCAAAGAAACUAAAGGUAGAGACUUGAAGAAACACAAAGGUGGAGAGAAUCUUGAGCUACUACUGAUUGUUGAUCUUGAUUCCAGUCUCUUCAAGAAUUAACAUUGUUCAACCUAAAACUUCAACUUCAAAAUUCACAUUCUGCUAGAUUCCUUGAUUCUUACCUUUCUUGGGACUUAGUUUAUUGGGGUUAUAAACUCUUCGUUUUGAGCUGGUGAUGACGAAGAUUUUGUCAAGGUU